UGUAUUUAUCUCGUGUUUCCUCGUGGUUUUACAAUGUUACACAUUUUGAUUCUACUACGUCUCCUCCUGUCGAGCAUACAAAUCCAAGCACAAGAUGGAAGUUCAGCGAAGCACCUUGGAGAUACAGCAACUUUACCCUGCAAACAGCCCGACACCAGUGAUACCCUCACUCAGAUCUCAUGGCAGAGGAUAACGAGAGGGAAACCCCAUGUUGACAAUUUCUACACAAUUGACGACGAUGGACCUCGUUUUAUAAAUGGAGACGAUAACCGCUUUACAUUUGUUGGGGAUUUCCGUGGCAAAGAUGGAACGCUCCAGUUAUCCAGUGUAACACUGAUGGAUGAAGGAAACUACACAUGCAUCAUCACUUUGUUCCCCAGUGGAAAUCAGAGACAAGUAGUACCUCUUAGAUUGCUUGUGCCUCCAUCCACAAGCCUGGAGAAUAAUCCAGUUAUGUCGGGAGAUAAAGAAGUUCUUAUUUCAAACUGCACAGCGGCAGGUUCCAAACCACCUGCUGAUGUGAGGUGGAAGACCAACACUUUGGGCCAAAAACUGAGAGUGACGAACAGCUCCACUCAGCAUGAGAACGGGACGACCACCACAGUGAGCUCACUGUUUGGAAAACCUACCAAAGAAAUCAACGGUGGUUUGGUCCAGUGUGUCGUCACUGCUGAAGCCCUGAGAGAAGAAAGAACACUGCCCUUAAAAAUACAGGUCCACUUUUCACCUACUGAAGUGAUCAUUAGUGAAACCGGCAAGGAUUCAUUUGAGUGCAAGUCUGAAGCCAACCCGAAUGCCAUCAUCACCUGGAGCAGAUCUGGCCAGUCUCGGCCGCCAUCAGCCAGAGUUGAUGGUGCAGUGCUGCAGUUUACGAGCAUGACUUCUGACCUAACUGGCCUGUAUCAGUGUGAAGCAAGUAACCCGUAUGGAAGAAAAGAGGGUUUUUUAUAUAUCCAUGUCUCCUCUGGAGGCAGUAACGCUGGUUGGGUUUUAUUUGCCCUUCUGCUUGCUGUGCUUCUCAUUGGGGCAGGAGUGUGGAAACUCAGGCAAUCUGAGAAAUGGCGAAGUUGUCUUCCUGGAAGAGAAGAGCCACAGGGAGACCCAAACCCUUCUUCACCUGAACAACCUGGCCCACAUGAGGAUGACCCACUAAAUGAAGAAAGAUCUCUUUAACACCAUGGAGAUGGAAAUUGAAGAAUAAUAAAAAUCUGCAGAUUUCAUCUUCCAGGAGAUGCAAGACAUUAAAAAACAGGUUAAAACCAAUAAAACAAGCAAAAGUGAACAUUACUUGAAAACACGGAAACAUCAAACUGUAUGGACAGCCGGAAACUGUCUCCAAUGAAGAAAUCAAUGAGUGCAUUUACUGUAACUAAGACAAGACCUUUUAUGUUGAUUACAUUUUAUCUUUUGUUUUUGAAACUUUGAACAAAUAUGCUCUUGUGUAAUCUUGACAAAGAUAACUGGGGCAGCUGUAGCUCAGGUGGCAGAGCAUUUGUUUUUCAACCGGAAGGUUGAUGGAUUUCCAUGACUACAUGUUGAAGUAUCCUUGGGCAAGACACUUAAUCCCACAUUGCCUCCCGAUGUGCCUCUAUUGGGAUGUAAAUGGGUGAAUGUGAUAUGUAGUGUAACAUGCUUUGAGUGGUCAAGCUGACUCGACAAGCGCUUCAAAAGUACAGUCCAGUCCAUUUUUACCAUUUAUAAUCUGAUCAUGAUCCAUCUGGCUGUAUUAUGACCAGCAGAUUUUACAGCUGUGCCAGCCUCAGCUAAUAAUGAAAAUAAUAUAAAAUAAAUGCAAACAAAAGCCGAUCAAAUGGAAACAGGCUACAUCCUGCUAGUUUCGUCCUCCUCAGCACAAGCACCUGGAGAGGGAGGGGGAGGAGGAGAGAGAGUUUAACAGUGCAGAGCGACUGGAGCAACAUUUGUACAAAAGUUUAUUUAAAAAAAAAAACAGUACAGAAUAAAACCAAAACAUUUUGAUGUGAUCAGCAUGAUGAUCAAAGCCCAUAAGGAAUGGUGACUGCAAAACGGUGACUGGUGAUAUCUCAACACCUGCAUUAUUUCACAUUCAGUAAGUAGUCUUCUGAAUCAAGUGUUUUUUUUCUUUUUGUUUUUUUCAAAAAUGAAGGUUUUAAUCUUUGUGUUAAUGUCAUGAACUGUACAGUUAGCUGCAGCCGCAAUCAACUAAUUAUUUGCUGAUGUGUUUUUUAAUUUCAUUAAUUUUAUUCUGCAUGUCAUCUUAACAAUAAAAAGGGUAUUAAGUUAAUAAA